AUGAGGGAGAUUCCCUACGGAUUUUUUAAAGAGUUGAAGGAUAUAGUACGAGUGAGUUUGGACACAAAUCUGAUGUGUUGUCAUAUGCACAAGGAGGACGCUGAAUGUGCUUUCAUUGAUAACGACGACUUUGCUAACUGUGAGAGCAUGUUUAAGAAUGCUGCCCCGAGACAGAGUAUCUGGGCGAUAGGAAUCUUUUCUCUGGUUGGUGCAGUGUUUGUUAUCACGUGGCGAGUAAUCUUUAAAGAAAAGAACGUGGUUCAGUCUAUCAUGUUGCUCCACUUAGCAGUGUCCGAUGGUUUGAUGGGUAUUUACCUGGUCUCUAUUGGCACUAAAGAUCUGUUGUGGAGAGGAGAGUAUUACUUGCAUGACUUCCAGUGGAGGUCUGGUUUGUCUUGUCAAAUAAUUGGAGCGAUCUCCCUCUUGUCAAGUGAGGUGUCGGUUAUGAUGAUGACUCUGAUAUCUGCUGAUCGGCUUAAAAAUAUUGUGUUUCCUUAUCAGGGUGCUUCUCUGAAACCAAAGGCAACACAUAUCCUAUGCAUCAUCAUAUGGGCAAUUGGCUUCCUUAUGGCCUUUUUGCCCAUGUUUGGUAUUCAGUAUUUUGAAGACCCUUUCAGGUACCAUAGUUAUUAUGGUAGAAGUGUGGUAUGUCUGCCCUUGCAGCUUACUUCUGAUAAGCCGAAAAUGAUAAUAGAUGAAAGAGUUUUAAAUAAGAAAGAACGGUCGAUAUGGGAACUACAUUUGCUGACAAAUCUUAGCAAACCUUUCAUUGCUUUGCAUCUGUUGUAUACAUAA